AUGACAAUCGGCCGCCAAAGUGCUGCACUGGAUUCCACGGAUAGCGACAAUCCCUUUCAGUUUCAAAGUUUCAAGGACUUGAAACGUGCUUUUCAAGAACAGGUAAGAAUUUCACUGGGCGUCCAAUGGCGAGGUCGAGAAAGCAUAAAGGAGACGAAUCCGAUUUCAGCGCAGCUGUCAGAGAAAGCAACGACCGAAGGGCCGCUGAGCUUGCCAGCUCGACUUUCUAUUACUGGUCGUCACUCUUGGAUAGCUCCAAUGUGGAUUGCGUCCUUACUCAAGAAAGUUCGUGAACGUCAACUUUGUGGUGCAGCUGAAGAAGGCUUACAGCCUGUGCAGCGGCAAUACGUCUACCAGGAAGAUCAGCUGGGACCACCUGUAGAACACCAAGAAUUUCCCUUCGAUGGCAUUUUUGAAGUGGGCAAAGUGAAGCGACGGCAGAUUCGGUUUUCCUCAAAUAAGAGCAUCCUGGCCAUGGCAAUAGUUGUCGCCGAUUUGAAACCUGAAGAGCGAAAUGUGAUCAUCAAUGAUCUUUGCACGUAUAAGGACUUUGGCUGUUUGUAA